AUGAAUACUUUCCACGAAGACCAUAAAUCAAAAUCCGACCCAAGCAUCUCUUCAAACUCUUCCGAAAGCCUCGAACCCCAACUCUUCGACACCCACAUCUUAGCCUUCAUAAACCGAACAACCAGCAAGAACCUCACCCCCGAUUUCCUCAAACAAAAAGAACGCACCCUCAACAAAAUCCCUCCAAACAAAGAAAUCUCCGAAUACCACGGCCUUGUCUCCAGAGUCUUCCUCACAGCCGAAGACACAGCUAAACUAACAGACAGCACUUCCUCACUACGUACAAAGACUGAGUCCAUAAUAGUCCCUACAGGCAAGGAAUGCCCCUGCUGUAAGCACAAGUUAAUAAAAGAUGUUAAAGAGUUACAAAGGUUUUCGUUUUGGACAUCUGCUGAGACCUUCAGAAUCUUUGGAACUGGAGUACCUAUGUAUUUCUACUUUAUGAUAUUUCUCAUCAUCCUGCUCUUCUUAAUUGCUAUGGUAGUUUCCAUACCCACAAUCACACUUAACAUAAUUGAAAACAACAAAGACGAGCUUGGUGUGCGCUCUCCUUCUUUUUUGGUGUAUACUUCCAUUGGUAACCAUGGUAUAACCGCUUCUGACUUCACAAAGUCCUCAUCUAUCAACUCUAUAAUAGUCCUAAACAUGAUUGGCACCUUCAUAAUCUUCCUCGGCUACCGCAUCUACAGAUGCAUGAGUCUGAGAUUCGCCUCCAGAAUAGAUGAAGAGACCAUCACUCCUAGUAAAUUCACAGUAUUCGCAACUAAUAUCGCUAAAAAUACUACUAAAGAAGAGAUUAUUCAGUAUUUACAGAGAGAGCACCAAGCAGAAGGGAUUAAUAACGUGAUCUUGUGCUAUGAUAUUUCGAAGCCAGUCAAAAUGCUUAGACAGAAGUUUAGAAAAAGGAGAGCUGAGCAAAUGAAAAUUCAAACUUUAAAAGCAUAUUAUAAGAGAAUGCACAAAGAAAGACUGAUAGAAGAAGGAAAAGAAAUCAGAGAUAGUGAAGAUUUAUCGAAAGAUGAUGAAUCCUUGAAUACAAUCGACCUUCAAGUUGUUGAAAAUGCAAAUACCUAAAAGAUUCCUCUGUUUCAGAUGCCGAAAGAAAACUCUCAGACACA